AUGGCAGACUUUGCAAAGUCCAUUUUUGGACUUGUAAACUACCACAAGAAAGAGACCAGUCAGUCUCCUACACCUCCUCCUAGCUCAUCGUCUAACACUAACCAAUCAAUUCACCAAUCACAAGAGUUUAAACCAGAACAAUUAUCCAACGAUUUUACAAUAAACCACUACCAACAGCAACAACAACAACAAAUUCAUCAUCACCCACAACAAUACAGCCAGCAAUAUGAAGAACAUGGAGUCAAUAAAUACGUGCCAAAAGGGUUGGUGAAUGUUGCACCAACAACUGCAACUGCGGUAUCAACCACUUCCUCGGUUUAUGGCACCACCUCAUCCAACAUAAACAAUGACCCAGGUGCAUAUUUAAACCAAACUUUCAAAGCUAAUGAUUUACAACCGCAACAACAUAAUGCAUUUCGUAACAAUUCCCCAUAUCAAGCUAGCUCCAAUUCACAAACCCAAUUUAACGAAACUCGUAAACAAGACCAAUCAGCAUGUGUGACUGACCCAUCACCAAUGAUUAUAACAACUGAUGAAACCGGACAAACUAUCAACACCAGUGGCAACAAUACUCAACCAAAAGGUAAACUUAAGGUUACUAUAAUAGAGGCAAGGGACAUUCAAGCCACCCAACCUUAUGCUGUAUGUACAUUUGAAAGUUCAGAAUUCGUCACUAAUGGACCAGACUCAUUUGGUAAAUCACCAAUGACGGGAGGUGGCCACUCUGGUCCAAGAAACAUGUAUAAUGCAAAUCAUGGACUGAGAGCAUUACCUAUGAAAAAUCACCAUCAAAGACCACAAUUAUACCAGCGGCAAUUAUCUACGCCACACUUGAAUUUAGCAGGUGAAUCAACCAACCCUAUAUGGAAUCAUGAAGCUACCUUUGAUGUGGUAGGUUCCAAAUCCGAACUUGACAUUUCAGUAUACGAUGCUGCCAGAGACGAUGCAUUUCUUGGCCAUGUGAGAAUAUUUCCGUCUACUGUAAAAAAUAAAAAAUCCCCUAGCGAGUGGUUACAACUUGGGGCAAGAAUAGUAGGAGAAAGAGUUUCAUCGGGUUCUAUUCAAAUUAAAUGGGAAUAUACUUCAUAUGAUGGGAAAAAGGCAUAUGGUCCUGAUGAUUUUGAAUUCCUCAGAUUAUUAGGUAAAGGAACUUUUGGGCAGGUUUUCCAAGUGAAAAAGAAGGAUACAUCGAGAAUCUAUGCCAUGAAGAUUUUGUCAAAGAAGGUUAUUGUAAAAAAAAAGGAAAUCGCUCACACUAUAGGAGAAAGAAAUAUUUUGGUUCGUACAUCUGCAGCUGCAUCACCAUUCAUUGUUGGAUUGAAAUUUUCAUUUCAAACUCCAGCAGAUUUAUUUUUGGUUACCGAUUACAUGUCUGGAGGAGAGUUGUUUUGGCAUUUGCAAAAAGAUGGUCGUUUUUCCGAAGAGCGGGCUAAAUUCUAUAUCGCUGAGUUGGUUUUAGCUUUGGAACAUUUACAUGAUAAUGAUAUUGUUUAUCGUGAUUUGAAACCAGAAAACAUUCUUCUUGAUGCCAAUGGGCAUAUUGCAUUAUGUGAUUUUGGUCUUUCUAAAGCCAAUUUGAAUAAUGAUGGAACUACAAAUACAUUCUGUGGGACCACAGAGUACCUUGCGCCGGAGAUUUUGUUGGAUGAAUCAGGAUAUACCAAAAUGGUCGACUUUUGGUCUCUUGGGGUAUUGAUUUUUGAAAUGUGUUGUGGAUGGUCACCAUUUUAUGCUGAUAAUACUCAACAAAUGUAUAAAAAUAUUGCCUUUGGUAAAGUUAGAUUCCCCAAGGAGAUUCUCAGUUCUGAAGGAAGAUCAUUCGUCAAAGGCCUUUUGAAUAGAAACCCAAGGCAUAGACUAGGUGCUACUGAUGAUGCAAGGGAAUUGAAAGCUCAUCCAUUUUUUGCUGAUAUAGAUUGGGCAUUGUUGAAAACCAAGAGUAUACCACCACCUUUCAAACCUCAUAUCACAUCGGAAACCGAUACAUCCAAUUUUGAUCCUGAGUUUACUUCUGAGUCGACAUCAGCGUUGAAAAAACAAAUGGAGAUGGCAUCUACUCCAUUAUCCCCGGGAGUCCAAGCAAAUUUCAAAGGGUUUACCUAUGUCGAUGAUUCAGCAAUGGACGAUCAUUUUGGUAGAUCGUACCGUAUGAAUACGUUCAAAAACCCUGGUUCUUUUAUACCAGGUGAUCCUAAUUUACCACCUGCAGAAGAUGCCGUUGAUGACGAUCAAAUAGACGAAGAGGAUGAAAUGGAACUUGAUGAGGAAGACCAUCAAAUGGAUGAUGAAUUCGUCAAUGGUAGAUUUGACUUAUAG